AUGGGCCCCCGUACCGACUCCUCAUGCUGCUACCAGGCCCGUAAUCUGUCAUGGGCCCCUGUACCGCCUCCUCAUGCUGCUGCCAGGCCCGUAAUCUGUCAUGGGCCCCUGUACCGCCUCCUCAUGCUGCUGCCAGGUCCAGAGUGUGUCAUGGGUCCCUGUACGGCCUCCCAUUGCUGCUGUCUCCAUCGCCACACUCUGCCAUGUGCCACUUUCAGGUCUCCUCACACUGCUGGUGGGUUCCAUUUUGUCAUAGGGUGCUGUAUGGCCUCCCAUUGCUGCUGCCUCCACCGCCACACUGUGGCUCCACACUCUGGUUUUGGCCCCGUGACUGCCCAAAUGAGUGAAGUGUGCGGUGAUUCUAAGAUCGACGGCACUCAUCUGCAUGUCAUACUGACUGACAGUAUUAGUUCUCUUCCCCAGCAGACUCCAAGGGCAUUUAAAUUAAAGGUACAGUGUUCUGCACUAAUAUAA